GGAGGCAAGCUUCAUUUAGGUUAUAUGCAAAUCCGUGAUAAACUAGCAGAGCUUCAGGUAAGAUGAUUUAUUUACUCACUUCUGUGUAGCUUUGGGUUUCUUUUUUUGUAAUACUUUCUAGUAUUGAGUAGGGACUGCCAAGAUGUUCUGUUCGCAAGUUUACUUGCAACUUCUUCUGACCUGAGUGUAACUGUUUUGAUUUAAUUACUCAAAUGUUAUUUGAAUGCCUUUGUCUAGUGAAUUGAAUGAAUAAAUCAAAUAGAUGCACUUGUGCUUAGUAGAAAAUAUCUAUUCUUUUAUACAUCUUGUGUUGAGAUGUCGUUAGGUUGGUAUUGUGAAUAUGUUGGUUCGGGUGCUGGUAUAAUGUUUCACAUUCAUCUAUACUGAUUCUCAGUUAGUGAGCCCCCUGUGAGUUUUUCUUACCUCGGAGAUGAAUUAUACCCUCCCAUUUUCAAUCUUUGUGGUUAUAAUCUGGAUACUGAACUCUGAAAACAGAGUAUUUUUCCGUGGAUACACCUGUGCAUGUUGGACUUGGGAUGCAUUACAUAUGACAUUUUGGUUAGAUAUGACAAAUUUUGAACUCUGAAAGACUCACAAUGCACCUACUUUAAGGAAACAAUUAAUAUAUGAAAGAAAAAUAGGGGAGGAGGAAGCAGGUGAAGAAAUUUGUAGAAUUUGUAUUCUACAAAUCUAAAGUACAACUCUUUCGUUAUGUCCCUGACUGGGACUACCAAAAAUGAAACAUGAGUUGCAAAAUAAUCUAGAAUUGCAUGCUCCAUGUAUUUUGCACUUUGGUGACAUUAUUAGCAAUUUAGUGCUGGUUUCCAAACUAGUUUCUUUAGUUCUGUUCCUUCUUGCUACUAAGAAGAUGCAGAUGUUGGUGAGACGGGGCAUGGGGCUUCCAGUUUUGUUGCGUAACUGAUUAUAUGAGGCAUUUGGAUUAGGUUGGUAUUAAGGCAGGUCGUAUCCGCUAUACUUUUGGUUUAAUGGUUUAAGGCAUAGUGUUUUAUUCCUAGCAUUGGAAGUUUUUUUCAUGUAGUCCUUGUGGCAAGUACAUAAAAAUGGUUUCAGUAGCACUUUCUUGGUAAUUAUUGUUGUUAGGAAGAGAGAAACAACAGCCGCAAACUUGAUCGAUAUGAUGACAGAAGAUCAAACGAACGGAGUAGAGAUUGAGAUAGAGAACCUAGAUGGGAUCGUGGCCGAGGAGAUGUCGUGAUCGAGGGAGGGAUUAUGAUCGUAGGAGCAGGGAUCGGGACAGGUAUUAUGAGCGAGAUCAUGGAUACAAUGGGGGCCAUGAGAGAGAUUAUGAGCGCCCACGUGGUUAUGAUUCAAGAAGUUGUCGCAGGUCACCUUCUCGGUCUAGGGAACAUUCCAGGGAUUACGAUCGGCACAGGCAUGAUCGAUACUUGGAAGGAUAUGGAAUUGAUGUUCUUUAGUUUCUAUUUUUUUUGCUGGAUGUAUCUACUGCUUCAAAGACUUUCUUGGCUAAUAUUUGUACGAGAUGCUCUGUAUAAUCAGAAAAUGGAACAAGUGUUUGUCAAACAUAGGUUGCAUUCAAUGGAAGGGGAUUGCGUUUGCAAAUGCCCUUCAGGAAUACGGAUGAUACAAGGUAGACUUUUUUCUUUCUUUGGCCAAGCAAGCGUCAAGAUAGCUUUGUUCCUUUGGUUUGGUAACUAGAUGUGAUUAAUGGAUUGCUCGGUAAAGCAGAAUUUUUUUUUUGUCCUUCCCUGCACCCAAACGAUAAGUUUAUUUUUAGCAAAUGGGAAGAUUUGAAUCAAGGUGGAAUUUCACUAGCUGCUGCUGACUCUUGCAUUUCCAAAUUUUUAUAUCUUAAAAGACCUUUACAACAAGAGCAAUCACUUGAACACAAUAAGGGGCAUAUGGUUCGGGGCAAGUAAUUUUCUUUUUUGAAUUUUUUUGUAAUUUAAUUUCUUAGUUUGGUUAAUAUGAAUGUGAUUACUGAGUUUUUAAGAUUUUCAACAGUUCCAUGAAGUAGAAAAGUAUGGGGAACAAAAAAACUCUUUUUUUUAGGUUUUUUAAGA